ACAGGCGAGGUGGUGUUUGAACCGCGCCGCCACCCGAACCAAGCAGCGAGGGGAACCAAAACCGCCGCCGCCGCCGCCGCUGUCCCCACCGCCCGCCGCCGAUUCGCCGCCGCCGCUCUCCCACCGCCCGCCGCGGAGGACAUGGCGUCCACUUUCUCCUUCCCGGAGAUGACGCCAGCGCAGCUCGCGGAGGGGCUGCACACCUUCAGCAUCGCGCCCACCGCCAACCUCCGCGCCGAGGACAUCGCCUCCCCGCAGCCCGACCUCCUCCUCGGCGUCCUCUCCCUCUUCCUCACCGUCGUCGGCGACGACCCCGACGACCAGCUAGGGUUCGACGUGCUGCAGAAGCUCGACAACCCGGAGCACCACAUGGGCGCCCUAGACGUUAGGCGCAUUUACCGGAGGGCGCGGGACGUCCUUGAGUCCAUCAGCUUCAGGGGCCUCACGUUGCGCGACUUCAUCCGCCCCGAACCGCGCCGCGUCGUCCUCAUCCUCAGCGCCAUCAUCAACUACCUCAACUUCAGGUACGAGAAGAUCGCCCUCCUCAACCCCAUCGUAGAGGAGUUCUCCGGCGUUGAGGAGCUCCCGGAUGCCAGGGCUAGGAUCGCCGAGCUUCAGAAGGUGAAAGAGGAUCAUGCGUACAAGGAGCAGAUGGACGAGCCUGCAGUCCAGCAGUUGCAGGCAGAGGUCAACGCCCUCAAGCAGAACAUACAAGAAUACAAUACAAAGCAGAUGGCGCUGCGAAGCAGAGCAAAAUCAAUAGAUGAAAAGAAAGAGGGGAUCCUUGCCAAGAUGUCCCGAACUGAUUUCCAGUUGAUGAAACAUUCCCAAGAAAAUUCAAAGCUAUUAGCCAAAAUUGUUCAGUCCCCAGAAAAGUUUCAGAAAAACCUUGAGGAGAACAAAGGAGUCCGUGAUGAGUUAAAGACCUUGGAGAAGAUGGCAAUGCAUAAAGUCCAGGACAAAAACAAUACUCUUGAGAUGUAUACAAAGGUCUGUGAGAAACUAUCAAGGCACCUCUCUAAAAUCGAUGCUCUAUAUGAAACGAGCACUGCUGCUAAAGCUUCUGAGAAGGAGGUUAAAGCACUCAAAGCCAAGAUUAGUGAUCACAGUUUAGAGAUGAAGACCCUUCGUAUUAAAGCUGAUGAAUGGCAAUCAAAAGUACAUGAAACUGAGGACCGUCUCAAGUCAAAGGAGAAAGAAAGGGACCAAAGAAUCGGAGAGAAUAAAAAGAAGAUGGCUGCACUGAAAUCUGAAGUUGAAUCAGAACUUAAGUGCCUUGCAGAUAGGGAAAGGGAAACUGAGGAGAAAGUUGCAAAGGCUACUGAUUUAUACUCCCAAGCUGAUGCGGUAGAAGUUGCUGGCAGGAAAAAACGAGAGGAAAUCUUUGCCAAGUUUGAGCAAGUUUGCGAGACGGCUAACCUGUACAUGGAUGGCAUCGAAUGUUCUGUCAACGAAGUUGACGAAGCGAAUAUGACCAUUAUGGGCCAGUGUCUCACUUUAUGUGACAGCUAGUACCCUUGUGGCAUGGUCGCAUGGAAUGAUGGAUGUAUAUGUCGUAAUUGAGCUAGUGCUCCCCUUGUGUAUAUAGCUGAUUACCUGGACUGGAUUUUGGACAACAUUUGCACCUCGAUCCACGCUGCUCUAGCCAUUCCUCGUACAUUGCUCCUCCUGCUGCUCUCAAUCAUCACAAGCAUAACCUAGGUGAUCUGUGUUUUUGCUUUGCUGCUAGAAUUUUCCUUGCCAAAAAGUUGAGUAAGUCAUGCUGCAAACAGGAAUUUUCAGUCAUUUUGUUUUGUGAUGUACCACGUUUGUCAGACUGAUGCUUCAAAGAGUUGUUAGUGAAAUGGUAUUCAGUGUGUUAAUUA